UGUCAAAUACGGUCUCUUAUUUAUUAUAAAGGAGGUGUCUCGCGGAGUGAUUUAAACGUUUGAAGAAUCAACCAUCAAGCCAGUCCUCGAUUCCCCAAACAUUCGAAAAUUGCAUGAUUUGAACAAACAAAACUCAAAAUGGCGCCCAAGACAUCCUUCAUCAUCACUCCCGGCUCCUUCGUCACCUCAUCCCUUUACGACAGUCUGGUUGCCGCCCUCCAACAGCAGGGCCACUCAGCGCGAGCAAUAGACCUACCCUCAGCAAACGACGGCUCCCGCCUGCCCGCACCAACGGCAGACGAUGAUGCCAAGCACAUCCGCGCAGAGAUCACCGCCAACCUAGACAGUGAGACGGAGCCCACCGACGUGGUCGUCAUGCUGCACUCGUACGCUGGUGUCCCCGGAUCCUCGGCACUCAAGGGGCUGGGCAGGGACGACCGUGCCGCAGAGGGCAAGACGACGGCAGUAGUCGGCGUGCUCUACCUCGCGUCCUUCGUGCUGCCCCUGGGCGUGUCGAACCGCGCGUGGAUGAGCGGCCACGACGCCAUGCCUGAGCCCUUCAGGUCGGGUAUCCCGGGGGGUUACCUGCCGCCUAUUGACCCGUCUUUCGCCACGAUGAUCUUCAACGACAUCGAGUCUGAGGAGGAUCAGACGCGGUACCUCGGGAUGAUGACGCAACACAGCUCGGACAGCUACGAUGGUGUGGUUGCGUAUGAGGCGUGGAAGUACAUUCCCAGCGUCUUGGUUAUCCCCGAGAACGAUGUUAUUGUCCCGACGCCGCUGUUGGAGCUCAUGUACGAGCAGUCGGUGGCGGCUGGUGGCAAGGUGAAGAGGGUGUUCGUUAAGGGGGCGGGCCAUUGUGUCAAUCUCAGCCAGCCGGAGCUUGUGGUCGGGGAGCUCAUCAAGUUGGCUGCUGGGCAAGAGUAA